AUGAAUAAAGGACGGAAUUUUGGAGCUCAAAGAAAAUUUGCCGCUGGUGCUUCUGCACCUAAUAAGUGUCAAACUCCACGAUUGGAAACUCCCACAGAAACCAGGCCUGAUCCAGAACCUAAAGUACAUUUAGUGAAGAAAUCACCAUCAGUUCUCCUGGACAGACUUACUUUUAAUGAUGUACAUAAGCAUAUUCAGCCAGUGGUGGUACUAAAACGACUACAAACAAGCCAAGUUACUAAAGCUCAGGUACACCAGACUGUGAAAUUAGCUACUUUCGCAGAUGACCGAGAAGACAGUUAUGAUUCUCAAGCAAGUGGUGAGACCUCACUAACUGAAGAUACUUCCUCAAAUGGUUACAAUGAUUUGAUCACUAUACAGCAUUGUGUUACUCCAGAUCCACAAUUCAAUAAAAGAAGUAUCUCUAUAUCUUCAACUAGUGAUGAUGAAAAACCAAUUCAAAAGAAAGCAAAGACUAGUGUUUUGGAUGAAACUGUUCAAGAAUUUUUUGGCUCUCUUAGAAUUCCACUUCGAAAAAAAAUAAAAACAAUCGUUUUAGAUGCACCUGUGUUUCGACCGACUGUUGAUGAAUUUAAGGAUCCACUUACAUACAUAGAGAAAAUAUUACCAAAAGCAUCUAAAUAUGGGUUGUGUAAAGUAAUACCACCAAAUGGAUUCACUCCACCCUGUAAUCUUGACGAGACAAUGGGCUUUACUGUUACCAAUCAAUAUGUCCAACGAAUGUUCAAACGAUAUGGCCCUGCUACAAAAGAAUUAAGUUCUAUCAAAGCCCUCUUAGCAUCACAGAAAGUGCCAUUCAAGCGCCCACCUUUAGUAAGCGGCUUGGAAGUUGACUUACCACACUUAUUCAAACUAGUGCAAAACAUGGGUGGCCUGAAGAAAGUAACAAAACUACCACAAUGGAACAAAGUGGCCGAACACUUGAAAUGUUGUAAGAACUUGAAAAAUCCUGGGCAGAAAAUAAAACAGAUUUAUGAAAAAUAUCUACUUCCAUAUGAAGUCAUGACGUCGGUAGAGAAACUAAAUUUGACAUUUCAAGUAGAGCAAUUGUGUGACAGACGAUAUUCAAAGAUGUAUAAGCGAGCAAAAAGUCCUUUGCACACACAAAAACAAAUGUUGAAGCAAUGUGACUCGACAGAUAAUGAUUCGUCUGAUGAAAUCUCAAUAAAGGAUCGGAUCAUAUAUAGUGCUCUGGCUGAGACUGAAGAUUGCAUUGUUCCCGGUCGGAAUAUGAAAAUCCAGGCAUUUGAAAAAGUAGCCGAAGUCGCUGCUGAAGCAUUUUUGUCAUCCCCAAGUCAGACAACAAGUGUGAUAGAGAAAGAAUAUUGGGACGUUGUUUUGUCAAGGACAAAGCAUGUGUGUGUUAAUGCGGCUUCAAUAGAUACAGGUGCCACGGAUUAUGGUUUUCCAAAUAAUGAUUCAGCGGACCAUUAUAAUACACAUCCAUGGAACAUGAAGCGUAUUAGUAGGAACCCAAAAAAUAUGCUAAGUUUCCUUGGUCCGGUGGUGGGAAUGACUGCGCCUACAUUGCAUUUGGGAAUGCUAUUUUCGACGAGUUGUUGGCACAGAGACCCCCAUGGCCUCCCGUGGAUCGAGUAUAUGCAUAAGGGAGUGCAGAAAGUAUGGUAUGGCAUUGAUGACACGCAAAGCGAGAAAUUUCGCAAAGCAGUUGAAAAGUUGUGCCCAGCUUUCUCCCAAAAUAAAUCUGUUUGGUUGCCAUCAGAUAUAGCGAUGAUUCCACCGAAAUUAUUACAGAGGAAUUCGGUGUCUCUUUGCCGUGUUGUGCAGAAUCCGGGCGAAUUUAUCAUAGUUUGCCCAAAAGCAUAUUCGUCUUCUAUUGCCACUGGCUACACAAUUUCCGAAAGUGUGUAUUUUGCUACGUUGUCCUGGAUUCAAAGUCUUGGUGAAACGUUUGAUACAUUAAAAAGCAGUUGUGAACCAACAAUGUUUUCUCUUGAGCAACUGUUAUUUGCUUUCGUAAAAGAUGCCCGUACGCCGCCGUCGGUUUUAACAGCUAUUGAGCCAAUAUUAAAAGAGGUUCUCGACAAGGAGAUCAAAAACAGACAGAAUUUGGAAAAAUUGGGCAUACCUAAAGAGUGGCUCAAACCAUCUAAACCGAGUGUAUCAAGUGCUUGGAAUGUAUGCGACCAAGACGAGUGCUAUAUAUGCCGGAUGACUUUAUAUUUAUCGAGGGUGCGAGGCGUUUUAGAUAGAAAUUCCGUGUUGUGUCCGGAACACGCGCUGAAGAUAUUGGCACAACCAAAGAAAAAUCAUUUGAUAAAUGAGAGUAAGCGCCUGUCGUUCAUAAUUAUGUACAGCACGAGUGAGCUUGAGGAUCUUUUGGAGUUUCUCAAAGAUCGUCUGAGGAAAAGUUAG